CAACAACCGCCUGAUAAGAGCUGAGCUCCACCAUCAUUUCUCCGGGUUUCCUUUCCCCCACCAGACGCGCCUCCAUUGGGAGGGAGCGUCUCUGCGGUCAUGGUCUACGAUUGGGCUGGGAAGCGGGACAUCUGCUUCCAGAUGUACAUCCAGGAAAAGAAGGCCCUGGAAGAGAUCAUGGAGUACAUGAAAACUGCUUAUCAGUUUGCGCCGAGUAAGCGCGCCUACCAGACACAGUUCAAGCGAUGGGGGUUCCCCUCAAAACAAAAUCCUGCACACAAAAACGUCGAUCUCGUCGCCCGAGUCAAGGAGCUAUGGGAACAUAACACGAAUCAGCGCGAUAUGCUCCGCAUCUUGAACGAUGAGGGAUUCGCGAUUAAAGAGAGGGAAUUGAUGCGCGUUCGUGCGAAGAAUCGCUGGCUACUUCGCGUCCCCAAUGGCAUGAAAUCACAGCUCAGUGCUGAAACACGAAAUACACAGCCAGAUGAUGCAGGGCUUCUUGCGCUCCAGCAGGAAGUUUACAAACAGGAUGAGCCAUUUGAUACUGCCGACUCGAUCCCCGCCGAACCCAAUCCUACACCUGAUGAGCGCCCUUCAUCGCCCGCUCUGGCGCCGGAAGUUGUGGCGAAACGCAAAGAACGUCUGGACCGCCUGAAGUCAGAGAGCGCAGAGCGAUGGGCUUCCCGGAAACGACGUCGUCGUACACGUGGGUGGGCUGGGCUGCCUGCAGAUCCUCCGGGACCCCCUCGCUUCCCCUCGGAGACCACAAUCGAUGAGAGCAAGCAGUAUCUCAAUCUGGACAAUACGACAUAUCGCCAGCUAAGGGACCAUUUUCAACGGAUCUGUGAAGAAGCCGGGUUCAUCAAAAAGACAGUCGCUGGUCCGGAGCGAUGGCAGGCCGCAAAGGACAAAUUGAUACAGGAAUCUCCCCAUCUACAACAGGUAUUUAGCACGGAACCAACCCAACGCGAUGCCAAAGCUUUGGCUCUUGAUGUUGUGUGUACGGACGUGACCAAACGAAUGAGAACAUUGGAGCGGCGGAUGACUCUCGCCGAGGCCAAAAAUGCUUUGGGAGUCAACCCGGAGGAAAGUCGCCAGAUCCGUAACGCGUUCUACGAUACCCUCAAGGCGGAUCAUUUCACAAGCAAGCUCGAAGCGGGUGAUGAGCAUUGGGCAGAGUUGAAGGGACAAUGGAUUCAUAAUUCGCCCCUACUUCAACGCAUUCUUGAGCCAGGGCCGGCCGACCCUGAGCACGAAUACAAGUUGAAAGCCUUGGAAGUGCUCUGUCGGGACGUGAUGAAACGGCUACGAGACGACCAAACUAAGCGAGACCCGGCUCGCAAAAGAUCCACACCGCGAGCCAGCUCGCAGAAUACCGCGCCAUCCGGAAAUACUCCCGUUCAUAAUAUGCUGGACAACGGGAUCAGUAACGGAAUCAGUACCCUUGCAUCCCAAGCCCUCGCUAGUGCCCCCAUCUCCGCCAGCGAGCUUGGUGACAUGCAGAUCGAUCCCUCUCUGCUACAGGCCGCUAACGGCCCAUCUUCUUUCUCGGCGAAUCCACAACAUGAGGCGGGUAGUGCCUUUGAGUACAUGGAUCCAAUGCUUCAUUCUACACUACUCAAUACGACCGUCUGGUUCCAGAGUAGCCCCCAGAGUCAACUUCAAGGGGCACCAGCUAAGCCCUGGAUGGACAAGCUCGCCACUCGAUCCAUUGAGGAGGUGCGCCAGAUCAUCACUGGCCGUUAUCCUUACUCAAUCCUCAGCAAAAUCGAGGGCGUUGAUAAAGAUGAGCAUGGAAAUGAGAUGUUCUUUCCUGUUGACGAAGAUCACGAGUUGGAGGCCUACUUGGCACACAUCCAUGGGAGAAAGGCCUUGUUUGUCUUUACAGUCGGGCAAAUUUAAGGCAGACUGACAGAAGUUGCCUUGUAUUAAUGAAACAUUUAGACCCUGGGCUAUUCGAUAGCUAAAAGAUUGCAAAGAGGACUGAGAGUAAGGUGUUGAAAUGGGCUUCUGUAACCCUCGAGAGAAAUCAAAUACUUUGAAUGACAAAAGAGCCGGCUGAAAUCCGGCCGUACGAUUUACAAUAUGCUUCUCUUGUUCAGUAUGAAAG